AUGUUGCACAGCUUCAUGAUCAUCUCUGGCCGAGGUGGCCUCGUCUUGUAUCGCAAAGUGUUCACCAGGGCCCCGAAUCAACCACGACUGAUCGCUGGGCUCGUGACAGCUUUGGGAGAGUUUUCAGUACGAUCAAUUGGCAUCCCAAUUACCCACAUUGAACUCGAAAACGUAACUAUCACCGCCUUGGAAAUCCCUAUCGGAAACGAUGAAGCCGGGUCGGAGCACUUGCGGGCUGUGCUGUUUCAUGACACAGGUGAUGCGGACCUUUACGGUCACUCUGUUGGUUUACAGCUUUUGACGGUGUUUAAAGAGAACUAUGCAGAACGCCUUCUCUCUUUGCAACUAGCCAACGUGCAGGGAGUUGAAGACAUAUUUAAAGGCUUCGGAGCGCUGGUGCGCCCGGCUAUUGUAGCCUCAGUUUUUCCCCUCCUCGAGUUUCGUACGUAG